AUGGCCUUCAACACAUACAAUGAAGGCCUCAAGAGCGCAUCAAGCAUAGCCAACCGCGCCAUCGCCGCCGAAGCCUCGCUCUCCACCCUCGCCCUCCAUACCGCCCCGCUCCCAACCCUCCUCCGUGCGUUCUCGCUGUACGUCUCUGCCGCCGAGGCCUACUCGCACCUCCUGGCCAGCAACCUCGUCCCCAAACCGGAGCGGCUGGCAGUACAGAAGAAAUGGCGGCUGGUACUGGAACGCGCCGAAAAGGUCAAGCGGCGGGUGGAGGAACUGGGCGGUAAAGUCGGCAUGGCGGGUAUCGACGAGAGCGCAGAGGAAGGCGCGGUCGUGCGCCGUGGGGGCAGGGUGAACGGCGUGGUGGCCGGUGAAUGGCGGCAACCGCCCGGCGACCACGAGUUCGCCGUCGGCUCGACACUGGCGCCGUCGGCUCCUCUUCCCACCACUUCCACUUCCUCCUCGACUCCCCCUUCAGGCUCAAGGUCACCGGCGUCGCGCUCGCUCUCGCUCUGGCGUGACGCGCAGCAGCCCGAGCUCGCGCCCGAACAGCUCGCGCUCGAUCCCGAAUGGGCCGAGCUGCCCGCCGAGUCGUGGGCGUGGACUCUGCCCGAGGGCGGGUGGAGAGUACGCCAAGGUCCCGGCGCAGACUGCAGCGUCACUGCCGGCCUCGGCGCAUGUCUCGCGCAUAAUGCAAAGUGGGGUACAAGCCUGGCACAGGACUCGCUGUAUCCCCAAGCCGUCUCUGGCCGACCCCGACGGAGCGAGAAUGCCAAGCAUGUCGUCAAGCUGCUCCUCAACGGCGCGUGGCGCGGCGUGGUAGUCGACUCGCUCUUGCCUCGAGGCAAAGACGGCCGUCCCCUGCACAUCACGGCCCGCCCGGCGCAACCUCACGUCACCGACAGCACCGAAACCCAGACCACGAACGGUACCGACGCACUCAACCACCACGCCACAGGUCCCGCCUGGCUGCCCAUAUCAGUCAAAGCAUACUUCAAGGCGUUGGGCGGAUACAGUAUCCCCGGGUCCAACCCGGCUCCGGACGUGUACGCGUUCACGGGCUGGAUUCCCGAACGGCUCGAGCUGCAUUCUGGGUUCAGGCGAGAGAAGGAGUGGUCGAGGGUGUUUGGAGCGUGGCAGCGGGGCCAGGUGAUCGUCACGCUGGGCAGUGGCCGGGACGCGCCUGGGCUCGUGCCCUUGCACGCGUAUGGCGUUCUCGAUAUCCGCGACCAAGACGGCGAGCGACUGCUGGAAGUCUUCGACCCGGGAUCGGCAAAGGCCAAGCGCGCCGACGCCGACGCCGACGUCGCAGAGCUCUCGGACGCCAUGGCGGCAGUGCACUUGGACAAUGACACAAUGACCAUGUCCUGGGACGAAGUGUGUUCGCGUUUCGAGACGCUCAACCUCAACUGGGACCCGGCCAUGUUGCCUGUCACCGCUGUGCGGCACUGGUCAUGGCCCAAACCGGAUCAAGCCGACAACGACAUGGACGAGUCACUCUCUCUCCGCUCAUCUCCGCGCUAUCGCGUCACAGCGACAGCCACGCGUCCCGACGCCCACGUCUGGCUCCUCCUCAGCCAGCACCAGAGUGCAAAGGACGUCCCGCUCGACGACGUCGCCCUGCACGUCUUUAGAGAUUUCCGCGGGGCCAAGGGCACGCGCCUCGCGCAGCCUGCACACCAAGAGACGAACCCUUACGCCAACGCACUGCACACGCUCGUCCGCUUCCCACUGCGUCAAGGCGAGAAUGUGCUCAACGCCGUCGCGUCCCGCGACAGGGGUAUAUUCCAGACGGGGUUCACUCUGCGCGCGUUUGCGAGCGAGGGGACGCGCCUGGAGAUGACGCGCGUCAGCCUGAAUCUGCCGUUUAGCGAGACCAUCUCGUCUGCCCUCACAAAACGCUCCGCAGGUGGCCACCCGGGCCAGGCAACACACCAUAUGAACCCGCAGUACAAGCUCGUCCUGGGCGGCGCUGGGAGCUCCAAGGCCUCAACCCUGCGGUUCGGGUUACAUGGCGCGUGUGACUUGGCGUGGAACGUAAAACUGCUGUGGGGUAACGGGGAGAGGGUGUUUGAGUUGAGCUCGGAGAGCAUCAUUGCGUCCUCGGGCCCAUUCAGCUACGGCAUGGCGUACUGUGAGAUUGACGAUGUCGAGGCCGGCGCAUAUACCGUCCUCGUGUCAUCGUACGAACGCGACGUGCCGGGCAACUACACCCUCUCCGUCGAAGCCAGCUCCCCCCUCACCGUCACCCAGAUCCCACAAGAAGGAGCAGGGAUGUACGCCCGCAGCGUCUCGGGCCAGUGGACCACCGCCACAGCCGGCGGCCGCCCCUCGGGCGGCAACUACGCGGCCAACCCGCGCGUCGAGCUCGUCCUCUCGCAACCGGCAACGCUGCAGGCCCGGCUGGCGCUCACUGUGCCCGGCCCCGUUCCCGUCAACCUCACAAUCUUCAAACGCGUCGCGAGCGUCGCCGGCGUCGCCGAAGGCGGCACAGGCAGUGGUGCCGGGGACGCGCCUGGGCUCGGGGAACAGGUGGCCACGAGCGGGCCGUACGUCGAGCGCGUCAGCGGCGUGGGCCUGCCCCGUACGAAGGUCCCCGCGGGCGUGUACCUCGCCGUCCCGAGCACGUACCAGGGCGGCGUGGUGGGUGGGUGGACGAUGGAUGUGUGGGCCAACGUGGCGUUUAGCGCCGAGCUGGCGUAG